UGUGAUCAGAGGAGGAAGAACAUCCGCAUGUUUUAAAACUGUGAUCAGCUGAUAGAGGAGGAGGGACUGAUGAGGAAUCUGGAAUAGCUGCAGAAUCAAACAGCAGGAGGGACUCUGAUAGUUCUUCUAGAACAGAGGAGAGGAUUUUCUCUGCAGAAAAGUGCGCUGAGACGCCGCACUGAGCCCUCAUGGAUCCGAUGGACUUUCUGGAAAACGAGGAGCUGCUGCAGUUUUUCCACCGUCAUAAAACCGACUUAUCCUGCAUGGAGAACCCGCACACCUUCCUGACCCAGAUCAGAGACUACGACCUGAUCCCGGAGGACCGAUACGAGUCUAGACCCCAGGGGCCAGUAUUUCUUUUACCUGAGGCUGGCGGCCGGGGUCAGAAGUUGAGGCGCAUGAAGAGUAAAGAGAACCUGAGGAGAGGCCUUUAUGACACCCUGGACUGGUUGGAGAAGAAGCAGUCAGAGGACAUCUCUGUAUUCUGGAGGUGUGUCUUCAUGGAGCCCAUCCUGCACUUUUAUCCAACCCUGCAGCGGCUGCACAAGAGCCUCCUGGAUGGGUCUUUCCAUUUUGAAUCACGACUUCCUCAGAGAGUGGAAAUGGAAGAGAGAGACGACAGAAAAAGGAAGAAACUUUCAGAAGAUGAGCCGAAGCAGGCGAACUCAGUGAAGAAGAGGAAGCAGAGAUGGAGGAAAAAUGAUGAUGAUGAUGAUGAGGAGGAGGAGGAGCAGCAGCCUGGUCCUUCAACCCAGCUGAGUCCGAGGAAAAAGCCCCAAAAAAUUAGUUUCUCUUCUCCUUUGAAGAAGGGAGAGAAGGGUGACAUCUGGACCUGGCCUCUCUAUCAGAAGCAGCUGCCUGUGACCUGUGGAAGCGUGGAGGGAACACUGCAGAGAGACAGACUGGCUAAAGGGGAGAAAUGCAUUUUGGUGAAGAAACAGUGGUUUACUCCGACUGAAUUUGAGAAGUUUGCAGGGAAGGAGAGCACUAAGAACUGGAAAGUGAGCAUUCGAUGUUGUGGCACCAUCCUGGGGAAACUGAUUAAGGAAGGUCACCUGAAAGCAGCGAAUUACAAAAAAAGAAGUAAAAAGGCCAAGAAAUCCCUUUUUAAAUCCAGUUGUUCCAUCACAGAGACUGAGAUUGAGGAAGAUGAAGAGGAAGAUGAGGCUAAUCAGGAAGACCAGGUUCUCUCAAAUGAUAAAGAAAUGGACACAGAUGAAGAGAUGGAGGAUCAGACUGAGCAGCAGCCAGGAACCAGCCAGGACAGUAGAAAGGUGUUAAAGGUUACCUGUGGAUCUGCAGCUGGGACUUUACACAUCAGACGAUUUGCAUCAGGGACUUGUGGGAAGAGCAUUCGCACCGAGACCAGCUGGUUGACUCCGAUGGAAUUCACCCAGGAAGCGUCCUGUCAGACAGAUGUCUCCUGGAGGAAAGACAUCCAGUGUGAAGGAGAACCACUCAGUGCUCUCAUAGAGGCAAAAAUCUUGAGGAUCCACUCACUGCUGUGUACCUGCAGACUGUGCAAACCAGACGCUAAUGACCUGGAGAAUCAGAAAAAUGAUGAUGAGUGUUGCAUCUGUAAGAGUGGAGGAGAAGAAGAAGAAUACCUGGUGGUGUGUGAUCACUGCCCUCGAUCCUUCCACCCCAGGUGUCACCUGCCUCAGAUAGACGACAGGGUUUUAAGGGAUGACAGUCCGUGGAUGUGCACGUUCUGUGUUUUCAGAACUAAUCAAGAGUUCCUUUACUCUGAUCAGCUAGAAACAGAAUCAGUCAUGUCCCGCCCAAUCUCUCCAAACAUCCUGGAAUGCCAGUAUCUCCUCCUGUGUCUGUGCAACGCUGAUGAGGAGCAAAUAUUUGCUACAAACCCGACCAUCUAUCUGGAAAACUACUCGGCUGUUAUCAGGACUCCCAUGUGGCUGGGUUAUAUAGCAGACAAACUCCAGAGGACACAAUACCACACUGUUGGCCAGUUUGUGUCUGAUGUCAGGCUUAUUUUCCAAAACUGUGUUGCGUACAACCAGAGUAAUGCUGAAUUCCUUGCCAUGGGUGAACAACUGAAUCAGUUGUUUGAUGAAGAAUUCAAAAAGGCCUUCAACAUCCAGGACUGAUCAACAAGUUUUCAACCUCUUUAGAUUUGGGAAAAGGUUCUAAAUAAGUUUGUAGAUUCUCAGUCAUGCAGGUGAUGGUAAUCCUACAAGCUUCAGUAGAAAUCAACUGGACUGAAGAAGUUUCACCUCUCAGCCAAGAGGCUUCUUCAGUUCUAACUGACUAAUGGGGAGUUUCAGUCAUAAAUAUGCAAAUGUAAAAAAUACAGAGAUUUGUUUGACUUAACUCUGUCUUUAAAGUGGAGGCAGUUUAUUUGUGUUACGUCAGACUAACAGUGUGAGACAAACACUGUCCAACUCAAUUAACCAGUAAAUGUAAGUGUUAACACAUAGAGGACACUGUAGAGGUGAUCUACUGUAUUCUCAGUGUUCAUGUCAUUUAGAGAUGAUCCUCAUGAAAUUAAAAGCACAUUUCAGUAAAAUAUACAUCGAUCAGCCCCAGAAUUAAAACUACUGUCAGGAGAAGUGAACCGAUCAUCUCAUUAAAGUCAUUUUAAACAACAGCUGUUUAAUCAAACAGUUUCCAGCAGAUAAAAAAUAUUUGCCUUAAACUACAGUAUUAUUUAUUCUGUAAAUUUACCAAAGUCAUUUCUACAUUUUAGAUUGUACACCUUUUAUUGUAUUGUUUUUACAAACCCUACAACAUGAUUAAUUCUAGUGCAGUGUUCUGCUGGGAAUCUUCCAGCAGACGUUCCUUUACCAUCCACUGAACAUCAUUCCAGACCUCCAUGGUUCUCUCUGGUAGCAGCAGACAGGACCUCCUGCCACGUCGUACAAACUGCUCAGGAAUACAACAAACUGUCCAAAGAAUAUUCCAGAGGCCUUCAACCUUCUGAUCAGCAGCCCAGAGCCUUAAACUCUUUAAUAUCUGCAGAAACACAGCAGGGUUCCAUUACUGCACAGUUCAAGUCCUCUUCAGAACUUCAGAUUUUCACUGCAAUUACUGACAAUUACUGACAAUACCGCCUUAAACUAACAACCCAAUGGCAGGGUGGCAUCCCAACAGAAAGAACCAACGGUUUGAUCUCAUUUUUCUUUAUUUCUGUACAGUAAAUGCAGAACUUUUUGUGUCAAGAACAACAUUACAGUUUAAAAAUUGCUGCAGGAAUUGAGUCUUUCUGUUUUUUCUGGUGUUGGACAGCAUGUUAGAGGACUUCAGAUUAUAGAAGGCAGAAUGGUUUCCUGGAACUGAACUGUUAUUAACUUUGUUUUUAAAUAAAAUACUAAUUCAUGGA